AUGACUUCAUCUCAGAACGGGGUCCCGGCGGUCUUGUUCGACUUGGAUAACACCAUCUUCGAUCAUUACCACUCGCUGAAAACCGCCAUAUCGUCAAUCCAGAAGAACUUCGAUGGCAUCGCACAGUAUACCACACAAGACCUCAUUUCCAAGUACAACGCGUCACUUCAGAAGGCCUAUGACGAAUAUCUCAGCAAGGAGAUCAGUUACGAAGAGGCAGAUUUGAAGAAAGUCCGUUUGUUCUUCGGUGAGAUUGGACUUCCAGAGCCAGACCACGAGCAAAUUAUCGAGUUCCGAAACAUCUACAAGCCAGCAUACCGAGGCAGCCGAAGAGCGACACCAGGGAGCGUUGAGAUACUGGUUCGUCUCCGCGAACAGGGAUACCGACUUGCGAUCGUCACAAAUGGUCAAGUCAAGGAUCAGCUAGAGAAACUGGACGCCAUUGGAGUUCGUCAUCUUGUCGAUACGAUCAUCACCUCGGAGGAAGCAGGUUGUCGCAAGCCUGAGACGCACAUAUUCCACCUGGCACUCCAAGCUCUGGGAGCGUCGAUCCAGAAAAGUUAUGUGGUGGGUGAUGACGUGGAAUCGGAUAUCAAAGGGGGUAUUGAUGCUGGACUCAACACCAUUUUGUAUUCACCCCUCUCCAGAGACUCCACACGGGAGUUGUAUGGGAGAACUGUGCCCGUUGUCCAAAGCAUGGCUCAGCUCCCGGGGCAUCUCAGCUUCAGCCUCCCAAGGUUUGCCCCGCGCAUCUAUUUGCAGGAUUCCAAGGUCAUAGCCGAGGGCAUUGGAAUGGACGUGGUCACUGGGCGACGGCAUUAUCUGUCUCUAACAAAAGAGACUGUUCGUCUCCUGGCGAGUCAGCUGGCCUAUAUCUUCAGAGAUAUUUCCGAGAAUGAUUACGUCUCUGCUAUCUCCCGAGUUGAAACGAUGAUCAGGGUUACAGCCAAAGCUGCCUCUCCAAUUGAUGAGACAGCCAUUCAGAUCUCGUAUACGGGCCAAAUCCAGUCAUCGGUGACGGAAAACAUCGAUCUUGCAAUGGUUAGCACGGAGAGGCCGCACAGCAUUCGUGUCGAGUACAACAAGCAAAUUUUCGCGUCCGACUCGAGCACUCGGAGCCAAUUGCGAGAAUGUUUUGAACUAGUCCAAGAGUACUGCGACAACCUGAUGCGAGACCAUCCAAAAGCAGCACUAAGCAAUCUUAGGUCUGUGAUGUUUAUACUGGGUGGCUUUGCAGGGAUCCGAAAUUCCGUGGUAGUUGAGUGUGAUGGGAUCGAUCUUGAAAGAAGCUAA